GUCUAUUAGUCUUGUCGGAGGUAACCGAUUGUCGCACAACACACGCGGUAAUCAAUAAGUGCACUAGUGCAGUAAUCGUCGGGGCCGGAUCGUUGAUUUUAUUGUCGUUAGAGAAACUAAUAUAUACUUGGUUUGACCGUCGACGGUUGUCCUGAGUUCAGUGUAUCUAUGCAGAAACUCGUAUUGAAAUCGCACCAAACACCAGUAACGUGAUGGGUUUGGACUUCUUAGACAAUGGUUCAAUUUUCGAGCAUGCCAUUACGUGCGCAGAAUUUGGCAAAUUCCAUUAUUAUUUGUUGGCACUUAGCGGCCUCAUCUACACCAACUGUGCCAUAUCCAUAACUGUUGUAUCAUUCGUGUUACCGUCUGCACAAUGCGAUUUCAACCUGAGUUCGUCCGACAAAGGGCUGUUGAAUGCCGUACCUUUGUUUGGCAUGCUUUUGGGUGCGUAUUUUUGGGGAUGUCUGGCCGACAUGCACGGAAGAAAAAAAGCUCUGAUUGCUGCAUUACUUCUAGACGGCAUUUUUAGUUUGAUUUCCAGCUUCCUCACGUUCUUUUGGCCGUUUUUGUUAUGCCGUUUCUUCAGCGGUUUCGGCGUAUCGGGUUACUUGGGAAUCCUGUUUUCGUACUUGGGUGAAUUCCAACCGAAAAUAUACAGAGAAAAAGUGUUGUCGUGGCUGGAAAUGUUUUGGACACUCGGCGCUGUAGCGUUACCAUUGAUAGCAUGGGGUAUCAUUCCAAUACCGCUGCAGUACACUUACAGUAUUUUCAAGUAUUCAUCGUGGAACGGAUUUCUCACGUUAUGUUCAUUGCCCAGCAUCUUGUUGGCCUUGUGGCUGACCCGGUUUCCGGAAAGUCCGAAAUUCUUGUUAGAGUGCGGCGAAUACGAAGAAGCUCUCAAGUGUCUGAAACGGAUUUACACGGAAAACACUGGCGAACCCGGCGAUACGUAUCCCGUGAGAAGUUUGAUCGAGAACGAAGUCCGGUGCAGUGUGGUCAGCAUACAGUCGAAACGGUCGCUGAGAAGCAUGAAAACCGUCAAAACGCCCAAAGACCUGAGGAAUCUACUGAAAGAGAUAUGGUACCAGACCAAGGAAAUGUUUAAGCCACCCCAUCUCAAAAAUACCGUACUUACGUGUCUCAUACAGCUGGGACUGUCUUCCACAUACUACACUAUGAUGCUAUGGUUUCCAGAGUUGUUCAAUAGAUUCGAGCAGUUCGAGCACGAACAACCCGGCAAAGACGUAUCCGUGUGUCAGGUUUCAUCGGUGUACAUCGAACACAACGGGGCUCUUAGCAUGGAUGACUUGUGCGGGUCGGGCGUGGGACAGACGGUUUACACGCAUACGUUGUGGGUCGGAAUAGCGUGCAUACCCACGUCGCUGUGGAUGCCGUUGUGCGUGCACAGAUUGGGCGCCAAGUUUUUUUUAGUCAUAAGUCUUUUCAUAUCCGGCGUCGCAGCGGCCAUGCUUUAUUUCGUCAAGAACGCCAUGCAAAAUCUCAUACUGUCGUGCUUGUUCGAAGCGUUUACCAGUCUGGGAAUUAGCGUACUGAUGUGCAUAAUGGUGGAGUUGUUCCCCACAAACAUGAGAAUUAUGGCCGCAGCCGCGUCUGCUACGUUUGGCCGUUUCGGGUCUUUGAUGGCGAACAUCAUGUUUGGACUUCUGAUCGAUACACACUGCAUACUACUCAUUAUAAUUUUCAGUUCGUCGCUAAUAAUUAGCGGUAUCCUGGCGUUAGCUCUCCCGCGUUCAAACCACAAAGAUUUAGAUUAGGUUUUACACACAACUCGCCACCUAGUGCAUCUUACGAGUAUGUUAUGAUUUAUAAAUAUUAUAUAUAUAUAUAUAUAUUUCUAUUAAGAAUGCGGAAUAUUUAUAAAUGAUAACCUCGACAGUGAAUCAUAUUAAAUCACAUCAUUAUUAUUAUUAUAAUGUAGAUGUAUAACACUUUGAUGUACUAUUAAUGUUUAAAAAAAAAAAAAAUGUAUUAUUGGUUAAGUUUUUAACUUAAACGAAAUGUGACAACUUUUUUUGUAAAUACAAUUAUUAUCGGCUAGUAA